GAGUGUGUGUAAAAAUAAGAACAUAAAAAGUAGGCAAGAGUACAUGUAUUCUGUUAGUUGAGUUAAUAGACAGACACAGAUUCCUCUUUGAUCAACAGCCCAACAUCCUCGUUUUUGCCUUCCUCUUCCUACCCCUCUUUUCUCUGCAAAUCAAUGGCUUCCAUAUUGUUUCUUCAUUCAAGAUGAAAUUUCCACAAGGAUUCCCAAGUAUGAGCAGGGCAGGUGGAUAUUGGGACAGGUUCGUUAAUGGUGAUGAUUCGUUUCAUAAUCUCAUUAAUGUAUUGGAUUUCCCUUUGGAGAGUGUUGAAGAGGAUAAGGGCAUCACUGACAAUUCGGAUCCUCAGUUUCAACGCCCUGGACUGUUUAAUUCGGAUGUUUCGCAGGGACUUCCUCCUCUUUUUAAUUCUGACAUUGCAGAGCAUGAUAACUAUGUACAGGAUAAUUCUGAUACCAAACAACUGCCAGUUGCUACUGAUAUAUCCAACACACAUCUUCCCCUUGAUUCUUCUCAUUUGACAAAUCCAACCUCAUUCCAAACACAAAGCUCGUAUUAUGUGGUUGAAAGCAGCAGCUCCUGCUCAGCGGAAAAAAACUUUCUGCCUUACCCUGAACUCCUUGUCCCAGUCAAACCUCGAACAAAGAUUCUGCGGAGCUCAACCUUCAGCAGAUGGCAUUUGCUCUCUCUUUCAAAAUCUCCUAAAAAAAUAUCAAAGUCAAAAGGAAAAAAGAAGAUGAAGAAACUAUCCCAGCUUCCAAAUGAAUCCGAGUUUUCUGAAAACUGUAUUCAUCAGCAUAUGUCAUCUAAAAGGUGUGCGCAUUGUCAAGCUGAUAAAACACUACAAUGGAGAGAUGGACCUAUGGGGCCCAAGACUCUUUGCGAUGCAUGUGGAGUUAGUUAUAAGAGUGGAUGCCUCGUUCGAGGGUCUCGUCCGAUAGCAAGUCAUCGCUCGAAGACCAAAAAGUUUUCACGCAGUCAAGGAAAAGAGAAGAAAACAAAAUUGUCAGGUGAUAUCAAGGACGAUUCAACAAAUCAGCUUCAAGAAGACUUCACUAACCCUCUUUCAUACAAAAUAUGUACUCUGUGUAAUGUUAAGGGAAACCUGCCAUGGAAGGACGGACCAGUGAGCCCAAGCUCACUCUGUAUUGCAUGUGGAGAUCGUUAUAGGUCUGGACACCUCUUGCAGGAGACUCAUCCAAUAGCCAGUCAAGACCCCGAAAAAAAUGGAAAGAUGAACACAAGAAACAGAAAGAAGAAGAGAAAGGAACUUCCAGGCCUUCCUAAUGACUCUCAGCCUCUGGGAGUGGCAGGUCAUCAGAAUGGGCCAGGUAAAAGAUGUGCUCAUUGCCAAGUUAUGAGAACCCCUCAAUGGAGGGACGGACCAAAUGGCCCGAAAAGCCUUUGCAAUGCAUGCGGAGUUCGAUACCGGUCAGGCCGACUCCUUCCUGAAUAUCGACCAGCAGCCAGUCCUACUUUUGUUCCAUCUUUGCACUCUAACAUUCACAAGACAGUUAUAAAGAUGAGAGAGAAACCUAUACCGAAAAUCAUCAUGCCUGAGAAUGACCCUGCAAUAACUGCACCACCAGAAACUGUUCCGGCAAGCAGCUAAAUAUUAAACUGCGUGUAAAUUAAUGGGUUUGAGUUAAUCUUAUUUUCUUUGCUGAAUGUUGAUUUUGCUAGAUUUAUAGUGCAAAGUCUCUAAAAUGCAAAUGUGCAUUGCGGAGAGUUGCAAUUUGGGAUUAAUUGUGUAGCAUUAGCUGCAGGAAUACAUAAAUGCUAAAGAGAUCUUUCAAGUCAUGAUCUGUGGAUCAUUCAAUACUGGAAGUGCUUAUUCAGGUUCUUUUUUC